UGCCUUUCAAAGCCCCUCCCGGGGCUAAGCCCUCCCUCGGGGGGGGGUCUCAACGCGCCCCCUCACCCAUCGCCCGCUCCUUUUGCAACGCGCCCCCACCCCGCACCACCGCGGGCCUCUCCAUUCCUCGCCCGACAGUGCUCAGGCGCCGCCCACCGCCCUUGAGGCCUGCUCCGGUUGCCGUGGAGACGGGACGCCUCCGGGUGGUGGCGGCUCUAGGCUGAUCCCCGCCGGAGCGGGAGGGAGGAAGGCAGCCCGCCAGGAAGGAGCGCCAUGGCCAAAAACAAGAACGUAAACUAUAAAGGGCCUUACGGUUACCAGAAAAUGAAAGAACGAGAACCACGAGCUUGCAUCCGAUUCAAGUGCGCCCUCACAAACACCAUUUUAGAUGUCCUUCGACAACGGCCAGGAUGGGUUGAAGUGAAAGAGGAAGGCGAGUGGGACUUUUACUGGUGUGAUGUCCGCUGGCUGCAGGAGAACUUUGACCACACCUACAUGGAUGAGCAUGUACGCAUUAGCCACUUCCGCAAUCACUAUGAGCUGACUCGGAAGAACUACGUAGUGAAGAACCUGAAGCGGUUUCGGAAGCAGCUGGAGAGAGACGCUGGGAAGCUGGAGGCUAUGAAGUGUGACUUUUUCCCUAAGACCUUUGAGAUGCCUUCAGAGUACCACUUGUUUGUGGAGGAGUUUCGCAAGAACCCUGGCAUCACCUGGAUCAUGAAACCGGUUGCCCGGUCUCAAGGGAGAGGCAUUUUUCUCUUCCGGAAACUCAAGGAUGUAAUUGACUGGAGGAAGGUGAGAUGCCUCCUUCUUCUCACCUCUCAGGAAGGGAUUAGUUGGGAACAGCCCAUCUUAAAGUUUUGCUCGGAUGGUGUUCGCCUUGAUGACCAGAAAGAUGAAAUUCCAGUAGAGAAUUAUGUAGCGCAGCGCUAUAUCGAGAAUCCAUAUUUAAUAGGUGGUCGGAAGUUUGACUUGAGAGUGUAUGUUCUAGUAAUGUCGUAUAUCCCACUCAAAGCCUGGCUAUACCGGGAUGGCUUUGCUCGUUUCUCCAACACACGCUUCACUCUGAAUACCAUCGAUGACCACUAUGUUCACCUGACGAAUGUGGCUGUGCAGAAGACAGCCCCUGACUAUGAUCCCGAGAAGGGCUGCAAGUGGAUGAUCCAGCAGUUCCGUCUCUACCUGACAGCCAAGCACGGGGCCGAAGCUGUGGAGAUCCUCUUUGCCGAGAUGGACAACAUUUUCAUCAAGAGCCUGCAGAGCGUCCAGAAAGUGAUCAUCAGUGACAAGCACUGCUUUGAGUUGUAUGGUUACGAUAUCUUGAUCGACCAAGACCUUAAGCCGUGGCUGCUAGAAGUGAAUGCUUCCCCAUCCCUCACCGCCAGCAGCCAGGAGGACUAUGAACUGAAGACCCACCUUCUUGAGGACACGCUGAAUAUAGUGGACAUGGAGGGCAGGUUGACGGGGAAGGAGAAACGUGUUGGUGGUUUUGACCUGAUGUGGAACGACGGUCCCGUCAGCAGAGAAGAUGGGAAUCUGGAUACACCAAUGAACGGCUUUGUCGCAAACACCCAUCUAGGCUACAACAAUGACAGGAAGAAACAGCUGAAACAACUUUUCAAGCCUUUUCAGACACAGCAGAAAGUUUAACGCUCAGCCAGAAACGGUCAAAAGCCAGAGGCAUGCAGGUUCCUCCUUGAGUGUUGCAGAGCUGAACUGGGGCCCUUGCCGCCUCUCCUGUCUCAGCAUGCUGGGAUUUCCCCCACUUUAGGGAGUUUCAGAUGCACGGUUGACGAGAAGAUUCCUGUUCCCAACAGGCAAAACCAAGCACUGGCACAGAACAGCUGUCACCCUGGGUAUGUUGCAAAGUCGGCUCUAUGCACCAAGUCAGUGCUUUGGCAAUGAGAUGGUGUGCUACUCACCAGGACAGGUUCAAGCAGUGCUUAUCAUUGACAGAAUCAGUGCAUGCACAGGAAUAUGAUUUUGGCUCUGCCAACCGAUCACAGCAGGGCAGCUGCCAUUAUCCACAUUGAAGGCUGGACGUCAGAUGUGAAGAUUCUUCCCAUGUUGACUUAUGUGCAUAGCAGUGAGUGUGAAUAAAAGUUAAUGCCAUAGUACUGCUAAGAA